CGCUUGCGGCCUGUCUUGUAAUUUAUAGCUGGCGUAGCAGCUUUUCUUUUCGAAAGUGGUGGUGGGAAGCACGUAGGAUACUAGCUUUGCCCUUUGUUUAUCUUCUUCUCCCGACAUGACAUUGCCUAAGUGAUCUCGGGUCAUGGUUUCGAUCAGUCCAUUGUCAUUGGGCAGGCAUCAAGUACUGGUUUGUCAUGAGAGGGAAGAAGCUUGUUGAGCGGAGGACAUGAAAGCAGGCCGAGCAUCCAUUGCAGCCCGGCCGGUUGGAGAUUGUUGAUUGCGCUUUGGCUUGCACCGUCAACGAGUAACUUUCUUUCUUUCUUUCUUUCCGGGUGGGUAGCACCAUUGCAGCCUGCAAGUCUUCACCUGACUGGGAGGGACAAAACACCAUGAAUGGUUUUGGAGAGAGGUCAUCAUCAGAACUAGCUUACCGUAGGGAUGGUUCUUGGAAGGACAUGGGAACAUCAAUGAGUGCCAUCUCGUUCGGUUUAGCUGCCACCGCGAUCUUGAUCUCCAUGUUCCUCGUCAUGGCCAUAUUUGAGCAUCUAAUCAAGCCAAGGGCAUCGUUUCUUCGCUCCCGAAACAAUGCACAUGGUUCGUCGGAGCUCGACCGGCCACAAGCUCAGAUUCAUCGCUCUCAGGAGAAGGUUCAGAACUCCAUAACAGUCGGAACGCAGUGCGCAUCUGAUCUCUCCGUGUUAAUGCCGGGACAGCGGUUUCCCACUUACAUCGCACAGCCUGCUCCUCUACCUUGCCCCAGAGAGGGGAUAAUUUGGCCCUCCCAUGUUGCUCAUGUGUCCUACAUGUAGCUGAUGUGAUCUAUCGCCUAUAGCUUGGAAGCGGCUGUCUGCAAUGUGAUUUGUUCAUACGAAUACGAUUUGAUUUUUCUUUCAUGCUCGAAUGUAAUGCCAAAAACAAGACAUCCUUAAUCUCAGCAAGUAAUCGGGAUGUAAGCAGG